AAAACCGCUGUGUGAUUUCGAAAAAGCUGUCAAAAUGGAACUUCUUGUCUAUGUGCUGUUUCUUACUCAAGUAGUUCUAGGUUCUAGCAACUUAGACAGCUGUGACAAAGAGUGUACUUGCAUAUCAGGGAAUUUGAAGACCGAAAAAUCGUCUACAAGUGUCCCGGAGGCAUUUAGAAAUUUUAACAUAACUCCGCACUACGUACAAGUCGCACCAAAGGGUUUUCUAGAGACGAACUAUGGCACGGCAAAAGUGAAUGUAGGAAAUUUCAUACCUCCUCUUAGACUUGUUGACCCUAAAACUGUAAGUUACCAUAAAGGGAAAAAAAAUGGAUAUUACACAUUGCUAGCCAUCGACUUCGAUGGCGAAUCAAAUGGAAAAGUUAUCGACCUUUUGAUGAAUGUAAGGGAUUUGGAGAACGUGGUAGCAACAUCUGGAGAUGUGAUUGUCAUGUUUACUCCGCCCUUACCUGCUUUAGGAAGCGGAAUCCAUCGUCAUGGAAAGUUGGCUUACGAGCAAAAAGGACCAAUUGAUGCAAACCAACUAGAUCUUUUAAAAUUAUCGAGAUAUCCAGUAAUACCUAACCUUACAAAGUUCACGAAGACCUAUCAUCUUGGAAACCCCGUCGCUGGUAACGUGUAUACAACGGAGUUGAGACGCUGUGACAGUUCUGAUAAGGACGACAGUGUAUAACUGCGAUAGUGAUCAAAUAGAUCAAAUGUAAUGUGAUGCAGUUGAUAAAUAAUUUCAAUUUUUAAAUAUGUUUUGAAUUUGUUUUUGUGUGUAUUAAAAUAAAUGUGUGUAUAAAAAUA